UAUGAGUGCUUAAUAAAAUAAAUAGAAAGAUGUUAUCAAUAAAUAAAUGACAUUUGCACUGAAUCCAAAGCCUGAUAUUAAUAUAACAGAUCAAAUCAAAACAAAUAAAGUUAAUAGUUCAGAUCCUAACCAUGUGAAAAGUGAGCCUUAAUAAAAAGUAACAAAUUAAGUAUCAAAUUAAAACAUUGGAAUAUUUUAAGACAUAGAAUAAUAAGUAAGCUCAAUUAUCAUGAUUGUUAGAAAAAAAAUAAGGAGUCGAAAAGCUUGAAAAAAUAAAAUAAAAUAAAGUAUAUAGCAACGAGGUAAUGGUGUCAAUAGAUUUAUUUAGAUCAAUCGCUGGAUUAUAAGCUUACACAAAAGCAUAGAAAGAAAAUUAAGAUUCGUUGUUCUAUAAGUUAGAAAUCAAUAAAUAAGCUGAUUAAAACAUAUUUCUUUUGGCUGAUGGUCAUGGAGAAUAAGGUGCAAAAGUAUCCUAAUAUGCAAUAUAAUAACUUUCUGAUUGCAUAAAUGAUAUUAUAGAAUCUUAGAACACUGAACCAAAAUAAGUGGAACAGCUAAAUUCAAAUAUUAUAACAUGUUUUAAAAAAAUUGAAUCAAAUCUGGUAAUGUAAACCAUAUAAUUGUAAGGCAAACUUAUCAAAUAUUGAUAUUACUGAUAGUGGUACAACGAUGAAUUUGGUUUUAACUUUUGAAAAUAAUUUAAUAUCUGCUAAUAUUGGUGAUACAAGAACAUUUUAUUUUUAAAGAAGUGAUAAACUAGAUUAACUAGGACCUGCUACUUUAAAAAUUAAAUAAUUAUCGAUUUAACAUACUCCUGAAAAAGCAUCAGAAUCAAAAAGGAUUUUGGAAUUAGGUGGAAAAAUUGAGUAAGACACAUAAGGUUUUUAAAAGACAGGACCUUUGAAAGUGAAAUCAAAAAAAUAAGAUAUAAAAGGUGUUACAAUAACAAGAUCAUUUGGAGAUGGAUUAGCUAAAUAAGUAGGAAUUAUAUCAGAACCUGAAAUCCAUACAUUCUAAAUUUUAUAAGAAGGAUUUUUAAUAUUAGCCACUGGUUCAAUUUUAGAUAUGAUUGAUAUUAUAGAUAUUUGUAGAAUCUUAACUCCAAUCACUCCUCCUAAUAGUUAAGCAAUACUUGAUCAAGCAGCAGGAUAAAUUAUAGAAGAAGCUAGAAAAAAGGCAAAACUUUAACCUGAUAUAUAAGAUGACUAUUCAUUGAUUUUAGUUUAUAUUGAAAUGGAUUUUGCUUGA